AUGGCGUUUCGCAAAGGGACCUCCCUAGUGGUCCUCCUCUCACUCAUCUCGAAAUCCAACGCUGCCGUCCACUUCGAAAGCUGGUACGGACAGUUCAGAGAGGUCUUGGAGGAAAUCGUGCGGGGCGAUUGCCAGCAAGAGUAUCAGGUAUACCUCACCAAGGAGGCGCCGAAGGACUACCUGAGCAUGACCAUCACGCCUGUCGUUGAUUGUAUUCUUGAGCACCUGAACGAAACACGGAAGUCCAACAUUGCCGCCGCCGCAGUCCUACUAGGUCUCCUGCCCACCACAUUGGGCGGUGUCGGUUCGACCACUGUCGAAGUCGGCCUGGUUGCCCUUCGACGACCGUUCCUCGCCUUUCUGCUGGCAGCUGGCGCCCCGGCUGUGUCCCCACUUCGAACGUUCGACUAUGUCGACACGAAAGAGCUGCUUGCCAAGAAGCCCGGAACAGCCAAGAUCGUGACAAUGGGAUCAACUGCGAACACGCUGAUCUCCUCCUUUGAGUAUGUCAUGGCCGCUAGCGCGGUCGUCAACCUGGCUGUUGUGAGCUACGAACUCUGCAUCCAAACCGUGUGCUCCUUUGCUCCCGAGGACGCCUUCUUGCCUGCGCUCUGGGCCUUCCUGGCCAUCGCUGUCCACUUCUUUGGCACGUGGUCGGUCUAUCUGCGUACGAGAAUCAUGCUACUUGAGCCGAAAGCGACCAGGUCUUGGACACAACACAUCUGGAGAAGGAUCUGCGCAGAAUUCACACCGUCGGCGGCAAGAGAAGUGGCCAGACUGGAAAUCAGGGACGAAACAUACCUGUACAUCUUUCUGAGCUGGUUCACCUCCAUGGGGACCGUGCUGCACAUCGUGUACGGAACGCUGGCCUUCUCAAGCAUCUUGUUCAUCUCGACCAGCGACGCCGUCACGGUGGUGGCGAGAUAUCUUGCUUCAACGUUGGUGUGUCGGGCGAUUGUCAUGUAUGAAUUGAGUGGGCUGAGGCAAGUCACCACUCACAGGAGGAGCGGUUCUCAUGGCGGACCGGAGUUCAUGCCUCUGGAGCCGCGUGCGGGCCACUCCCUGCUAAAUAUUGGUCGCAGUCAUUCAUGGCAGAGCAAGAUCUCAGGUCGUACAGAAGAAUGGCAAUUGCUGCGCUCGUCAGGAAGACACGGCGAGGCAUGA